UUCCUCCCUCCAUCCCCCAUCCUCAGCUUGGACUGAAACCAGGGUUCCCCACAUACUAACUACAUGUUAUACCACAAAGUAAUACUCUCAGCCAUGUUUUACUUCUUUAGCAAUCUGACACCCAAACUGUCAAGUUAAGGCAACCAGUAAGGGAUUGUUAUUAUAGUUUUGUUUUUCAUUUUAACUAAUUUUGUUGUUUUGGGAAAAUGUCGUCAUAAAAAGAGGCUUUGUGAAGGCGCUUAUAGAAUUCUUUGCCUUUGGGCCCUCAAUGAGUUCCUUAUUCAUUUCGAUGUGGCAGCUUCUUGACAGGUAAUACAGGACUCUACAGUCACCUUUUCCAUUUCCAUGGUAACUAGGAACAUACUCUACUAACAAUGCUUGGGGGGUAGCUACAUAGCAUUUUGCUACUAGGCCUUCCCGCUAUGUUCUGGGUAUGAUGGUCUCAACCCUGUUUGUGCCCACUCCACUGGGGAAAGCACAAUCUACCUGGUAACCUCUGAGCCCAGGCCCAGGUGAUGACCCAGGAACCCUGUUGGAGGGGAUCCAGGUACCUUAGGCAACACCAGUGUGGCAGAGAUCCACUCUGGAUACAUGACAGACAUGCGGGAACCAGAUUUUCAGUAUGGCCCCUCAGUGAUCUAAACACCAGUGUCAGAGGCUGGGGCACAGUUCUUCCUCUAGCAUGGGAUAAUCCAUCUGCAGGCCUGCUCCUCUGCUCAGUUAGUACUGAGGGUGACAUCAGGAGGAGUAAGGUAUACAGAAUGCACCGUUGGUGGAUAGCACGGGCACCAGGAAAUGUAACAUGGGAGCCAGAGCUUGUGCUGAAGAGAUAAGAAGGGCCCUGUGUAAAAUGGAGUACGGGAGAAGCAUCCUCAGGGCAAGACACUGUGGAUCCUGCUCUUGUCGAUCUACAGCUCUCUGGGAACAGAGACGUCCAACAUGAGGUUCAGAAGCUCUGUGAGCAUGUCACGGGGGCCAGCAGUCAGUAGGCAGAUCAAUUUACUUAGGGUGAUUGAAGAACUGAGGAUAAGGACAUCCAAGAUGGGGUAAGGUCAUUACCUGGGGACCUGGGGUACCUGGAAUGUUUCAUUAGCAUGGGGAAAGAUUUCAAUCAAGCUAAGGCUAUGUGAUAUUCCUCAAGUAGGGGAUUUUGAAUUCCCCAGACAAGGUCAGAGAAGGAGAAGACCUGCUAAUGAAGGGAGUCUCCCAUAUUGCGCCAAGCCCAGAGGUUAUUCUGUCAUGGUGAACUUUGACCUUAAAAGCAGAGCUUUCCCACAAGACACUAGCCAGAUAAUCCUGCAAUUUGUGAAAGGAAAAGGCUUGAGGAAUAUUAUGUUCCUUAGAAGCAACAAUAAAUUUGCCUAUGCAAAUAUAAUUCAAGAAGGGGCCAGGCUCCAACCCAAGCAGGUAGCCAAAUACAGCAGGUUCAGUCAUGUAUUAGCUUUAGCUUCAUCAAGGAUACAUAAGUAUAGUGGCUUGAAAAGGUAUGACCCCACCGACUCAUGUGUUUGAAUGCUUGGCCAGGGAGUGGCACUAUUAGGAGGUGUGGCCUUGUUGGAGGAAGUGUGUCACUGUAGGGUGGGCUUUUACACUGUGCAUGUUCAAGCUAUGCCCAGUGUGGCACACAGCUUCCUUCUGCCUGCUGAUCAAGAUGUAGAACUUUUGGCUCCUCUAGCACCACACCUGCCUGCAUGAUGCCAUGCUUCCCGCCAUGUUGACAAUGGACUGGACCUCUGAAACCGUAAGCCAGCCCCAGUUAAAUGUUUUCCUUUUUAAGAGUUGUCUUGGUCAUAGUAUCUCUUCACAGCAACGAAACCUGAAUAUCAUAAGGAAGGGGGUUGUGGAAUCUUCCUCAGUGGAUAAGGAGAGAAGCUGAGACCAGGUAUGUGGCAAGGGGAAUUCUUAUAUGGAGUCCCAAUGACGCCACUGUGAAGAUGUGAAUAUGAAAUCUGGAUUCUGCUAGUGACUCCAUGAUCUUGGAGGUGCCAAAGCUGUGGGGUAUCUUUCAGGAAGAACUAAAGACAGAGAGUAGAACCAGCUGAAGAGGGAGAAGUGUGUUGCUGUCAGUGAAGCUGAAGGGCAAAGCCAUCUAAGACCUUGGCAUCAGACAUGUGGUUAUGAGAUUGGAAGUUUGCUCUCCUGGGUUUUGGUCUUGCUUUGGUCCAGUAGUUCCUCACUCUGCUCUGUUCUUUCCCUUGAAAUGGUAAUGUAUAUGUGUACAAAUGUAUGUUGCAAGUAUAUGAUUUGCUUUUUUGAUUAUUCAAGAAGUUACAAUUAAGAGGUUGCCUCAAGUUUCAGAAGAGUCUGUGGAUUCUAAACUGUGUUGAGACUGAAAGACUACAGGGACUUUGAAAUUGAGCUAAAUGCAUUUUCUGUUACGAUAUGGCCAGGAGCCUUUGAGGGCUAGGGAAUGAAAUGUUUGAAGAAGAAUGGUCCCCAUAGGCUCAUAUAUUUGAAUGCCUGAUCCCCAGUUGGUGGGGCUGUUUAGGAAGGAUUAGGACCAGUGGCCUUGUUGGAGGAGGAGUGUGACUCAGGGUGAGCUUUGAAGUUUCAAAAGUAGACAUCACUCCUAGUUAGCUUUCUGUCUUGUGCUUGUGAGUCAGGAGGUAAACUUUCACAUAAUGCCUCCAUGACAUGCCUGUUUACCGGUUGCCAUGCUCCCCUGGUGAUGAUCAUGGACUCUAAUCUUCUGCAAGAAUGAGCCCCAAAUUAAAUGUUUCCUUUUAUAAGUUGCCGUCAUCGAGGUGUUUUGUCAUGGAAAUAGAAAAAUGAUGAAGACAGACACUGACUGAUAUGAUUUGAAGCUGAGUUGCACAUGGCAUUCUAUACAUUAAACUAUACAUUAAGGUGAAGUUCUAUCUUUCUUCACUACUAAGGUGUGAUGCUUAGAAAGGUAGUACAAAGGGUGGAGAGAUGGCUCAGUGGUUAAGAGCAUCGACUGCCCUUCCAGAGGUCCUGAGUUCAAAUCCCAGCAACCACAUGGUGGCUCACAACCAUCUGUAAUGGGAUCUGAUGCCUUCUUCUGGUGUGUCUGAAGAGAGUGACACUGUAUUUACAUACAUAAAUAAAUUGUUAACAACAGAAGGGUGGUAUAAAACAUCUACUUUGGGGUCUCUGCAGUCUAGUCUCUUUCCUUGAGCCCCGAGGAAUCAUCUAAAGCACCAUGGACAUCCAUGUACAUGCCUGGCUCCCCUUGGAACUAUAAAUGCUCCCAGGAGAAUAGAUCCUAAUACCAGGUCCCCCUCUUUGGUCCAUGUCUGCCCCUAGCAUCGCUCCCGUAAGCCUGCACAAUUCUGUUGACUGAUGCCUGCACAGAGAAGACAGCAAACUGAGCUGUAAGUCAGUCGCACAGUUUUGCCUGCCAUACAAGGGUUUGUUCCCCAGCACCACUUAGCUUCCCAUUGUAAGUUAGCGAAUCCCUUGAUUCUUUCCAACGGUAGAGGAGGGUUUACAGCUCAGUGCUAGAGGGUCUGUCCAGAAUGUAUAAGAUUCUGAGUAACACACACACACACACACACACACACACACACACGCUCCCAACACUAAAACAGAUGCUCAGUACCUAAGCUAACUCUGAUUUAAGCAUGAUGUACAGCUUUUAAAAAUUUAGUGCCCGGGGAACUGGAGCUAUGACUCCGUGGUUAAGAAUAUUGGCUGGGGAUUGGGGAUUUAGCUCAGUGGUAGAGCGCUUGCCUAGCAAGCUCAAGGCCCUGGGUUCGGUCCCUAGCUCCGGAAAAAAAAAAAAAAAAAGAAUAUUGGCUGUUCUUGCAAAGGACUGGGUGUUCUUGCAAAGGACUGGGUGUUCAAUUCCUGGUGCCCACAUGGAAACUAACAACUGUGCGUAAAUCCACUCUCAGGUAAUUUGAUGCCCAGCAAAACACCCAUGUGCAUAAAAACAAACAAACAAGUAAUUAAAUAAAUAAACCCUAACAUUCAGUGCUGGGCGCUGCUGCUGGUUCAUUAGGGGUUUAGGCCCCAAGUGUUGCAUGAGGUUGGCUUGUGAUUUUGCCUUUUCAUUCCUUGUUUUGACUUCAUAAAACAGAUUGAUAUUUUAGAUGUCUCUUUUGGUUUCUCAAACAUUCUUUCUAUAACUUCCAGGAAAGGGCAUACAUAGAACGUUGCUAAUUCCCCCGAAACCAUUGGUGCCUUGCUGCUAUAGCCAUCUGGACCUGCUAUUUUCUCUUUUGGGAAAAUUUUAAUCACAGAUUCAAUCUCACCUGAUCCUUGAGGAUGGCUGCUUGGCUGUGAAUGUGAAGAUGCUUGGUAGACACCCAGUUCUUAGUUUUCUCCUUUUAUGGUUUUAAUAUUAAAAAUAUUUUUUUUAUUUAAAAAGAAAAAAAAAUACCUGAGACCUGGUCCAGCUGAGUUGCCAAGACUGGCCUCAAAAUUCAAUCCUCCUGACUUAGCCCCCUGACUAGCUGGGAUUAGUCAUGCACUAUAUCUGGUAUCAUGGGUCUCAGACCCAUUUAAAAGUUUCUUUCUACAGUAUACAUGUGUAAACAGUACACAGGCUAAGUGCUCAGCUCAUCUUUUUCUUGAACUGGAUGACAGUGGGAGGCCACUAAGUAAACUCAUAAAGUGCCUGUCAUUCAGUUCAAGAAAAAGAUGGCCCGCCUAGAUAAACUCACAGAUGAAUGCUUGUAGAAACCUGGCCAUAGAAUCUCACUCGAUGCGCCUUCAACCUUCUGCAGCGCUGUCUUGCACUGUGAUGUAAUCGGUUAGACAUCUCAUCUCAUACUAGACUAAAAGCUACUACAAUAUGGCGGAUCUCCAGCUGUGUGUUAGCUUCUCUGUAGGAAGGUGAUCCAGCCUUAGGUCAGUGAUUGAGGUCUCCACUCAGGGACUGGGGGUCACAUACGCUGACUUCCCGCUACCCUGUAGACACAGCCUAGAAUGGAGGUGGGUGUAAUCCGGCUCGUAGCCUGCCCAGCAAGCACAGAGAGCAUUCACUUCCGCCUAGGAACAGCGUGUAGUGUAGACCCAGUCUCUGACCUCAGUGAUAACGUGUAGACACCUUAUACUUCAGGAAUUAGCAGAAAACACCCCACCUGGACUUCGGAGUCCCUGCCACAUCCCUGAGGCAACCCCUUGCUCCACAGGGAAAGCUCAACCCCUAGUGGAGCCGACUGUGUCUUAAUCAGCUGUCUUUGCUCCCCCGCAGGCCCGGCCAUCCCUGUGGGUGUGGACGUGCAGGUGGAGAGUCUGGACAGCAUCUCCGAGGUGGACAUGGUCAUUUACCCACGACACCACCACCGACAACAUCAUGCUGCGAGUGUUUCCCGAUGGCCACGUGCUGUACAGCAUGAGGAUUACCGUCACUGCCAUGUGCAACAUGGACUUCAGCCACUUCCCCCUGGACUCCCAGACCUGCUCUUUGGAGCUAGAGAGCUACGCGUACACGGACGAGGAUCUGAUGCUGUACUGGAAGAACGGGGAUGAGUCCCUGAAGACGGACGAGAAGAUCUCCUUGUCCCAGUUUCUGAUCCAGAAGUUCCACACGACUUCCAGACUGGCCUUCUACAGCAGCACGGGCUGGUACAACCGUCUGUACAUCAACUUCACUCUGCGACGUCACAUCUUCUUCUUCUUGCUCCAAACCUACUUUCCUGCCACCCUCAUGGUCAUGCUGUCCUGGGUGUCCUUCUGGAUCGACCACAGAGCUGUGCCUGCUAGAGUUUCACUGGGCAUCAUGACGGUGCUGACCAUGUCCACCAUCAUCACGGGCGUGAACGCCUCCAUGCCUCGAGUGUCCUACAUCCGGGCCGUGGACAUCUACCUCUGGGUCAGCUUUGUGUUCGUGUUUCUCUCAGUGUUGGAGUACGCAGCUGUCAACUACCUGACCACAGUGCAGGAACAGAAGGAACGGAAGCUUCGGGACAAAUUUCCAUGCACGUGUGGAAUGCUUCAUUCAAGAACCAUGACGCUGGAUGGAAGCUACAGUGAAUCUGAGGCCAACAGCCUGGCUGGCUACCCAAGAAGCCACAUUCUUCCAGAAGAAGAAAGGCAAGACAAAAUAGUGGUUCAUUUGGCCCUCAACAGUGAAUUGACUUCAUCCAGAAAGAAAGGCCUUCUCAAAGGCCAAAUGGGACUCUAUAUCUUCCAGAACACCCAUGCCAUUGACAAAUACUCCAGGUUGAUAUUUCCUGCCUUCUACAUAGUUUUCAACCUAAUUUAUUGGUCAGUGUUUUCCUAGGGAUUCUAAGGCUGGAUCUGGGAAAGGGCAUGACCAUCCGUUGGUGGAUACAUGGACCUAAUGACCACACUUCCUACACCAGGCCAAGCAGCUGCUCCUGGCUUGGAGGAGCCCAGGGACCUCCAGCUGCCCUCACCCCAUCUUCAUGGCUCUUUUCCUAGUUCACACUAUUCCAGAUCACACUUUUGACUUCUCUGAACAGAGAGCUAUCUUCUGCUGUGUGUGAACUUGUUCACAAGAAUCCACCACCCCACCCCACCCCUUAUCCCCCACCCCCGGUCCCACACCACUUAAUAAAAGACUCAAAUGCC